UGAGGCAGAGAGGAGUAAAAACUGGACGUUGUACCAUUAUUAAACACCGCUGGUCCAGACACCGUGAGGAUUGACAGGGCAUCAGGAGCGAAAGUUAAUCGACCCAUUAGUCAGCAGCAGCCACCUGAUCGGUCCUGCGCGCUGUCGCUGCGGUUCUGAUCGCUUUUGUUUACGGUUAGACUUUCGUUGUCUUGGAUAGCCCAUUAGCUUCAAGUUGGGAAGCUAGCCCGGGGUUAGCUGUGUAGCUCCAUCGGCUGCUUGGAGCUCUCUGUACGGCAUUCCCGGAUUGAUAGCAUCAACACACAGCAUGUAUGCGUAUUUAAAGUUUUAAUUUUCACGGGAUCAGCACCCAUGACUGGAUUAAAAAACACUUGAGGAGGAAAAAGGGGCACCGACGAUCUGGCAUUGCGAUACUGUUUGGAGUGUCGAGGCGGAGUGAGUUUGCCGUCAUGUAUUUUCUAACCGGCUGGCCCCGGAGGCUGCUUUGUCCGCUGAGGAGUGAAGAGGAGCCCUUCCACAUCCAGCCCAGCUCCCAGAGGUUUUACUUCGCCGUGCUGUCGGAGACUCAGCUCAGCAUUUGGUUCAGUCGGCCCAGUGUUUUGAUAGUCAGCUAUAUCGAGUCUGCAAAGGCGGCUGCCCAGUUUGGCUUCUACCAGAGGGCAGAAUGGAAACCAGACGACUCUAUGAUAGCUGUGGCGACUGCCAAAGGCUACAUCCUCUUGUUUGAUGUGCUGGGCGGAGGGGAUGACAAGUACCUCUAUGAGCCCGUCUAUCCAAAAGGAAGUCCUCGUGUGAAGGUGACCCCGGGUUAUAAGGAAGAACAAUGUGCCCCCGCUCUGUCUUUAGAAAUGAAGAAGCCUGUGGAUCUGGAGGCCCCCAUCACCAGCCUGCAGUCCCUCCAGGAGGACUUAUUGGUGUGCACCGCAGAUGGCUACCUCCACGUGCUGCACUGGGACGGGCUGGGCAGCAACGGAAGAAAGGCCAUCUGCCUCACUACAAUCCCCUUCUCGCUUGACCUGCAGUCUGCUCGAGGUGGUCCCUCUCUGGACCUGGAGGGAGUGCAUAUCCGCUGUAUGGAGUAUUGUGUAACCCUUGGCGGCUUCGCUGUGGUACUAAGUGAUGGACGCCUUGGCUUUAUCACACCGCUCAGCAACACCAUCACAGCAGAUCAGCUGCAGGGCGUCUGGGCAGCAGAUGUGACUGAUGGCACCUGUGUGGCUGUCAACAACAAGUACAGACUGAUGGCCUUUGGCUGUGCCAGCGGCUCAGUGCUGGUGUACAUGAUCGACACCACAACAGGAUCCAUGCAACUCUCCCACAAACUGGAGCUCACCCCAAAACACUACCCAGACAUCUAUAACAAGACGGGCCCAGUCAAGCUGAUCUGCUGGUCACCUGACUACAGCGUUGCCAUGGUUACAUGGGAGUGUGGCGGCCUAUCGCUGUGGAGCGUCUUUGGAGCUCACCUCAUCUGCACUCUGGGAGAGGACUUUGCGUAUCGUUCUGAUGGAACCAAGAAAGACCCCAUUAAAAUCAGCUCUAUGAGCUGGGGAGCAGAGGGCUACCACCUAUGGGUGCUCCCUGACAAACAUGAGAGGCGGAGGCAGGAGGAGCAGCAGGAAGACGAGGACAUGGUCCCACCUCCUCACCCCUCCCUGCAGGCUGGCAUACUGCAGUUUCACUUCAUCAAGAGUGCCCUCACAGUCAACCCCUGCACGAGUAAUCAGGAGCAGGUGCUGCUCCAUGGGGAAGACCGCCUCUACCUGACCUGCGGUGACCCCUCGCAGGUCCACAACACCUCUGACACACAUCCGCACACACACUUACACCCGCAUGACAGCAGCCCGCUGCACCAUCCCCCCAACCCCGACUCCUCUCUCUCUCAGGGACUCAGCACUUUACUGGGACACAAGCACUGGCACGUGGUCCAGAUUCACAGCACAUACCUAGAGAGCAACUGGCCUAUUCGGUUUGCAGCCAUAGACACAGCAGGCCAGUGCAUGGCUGUAGCAGGGAGGCGGGGCUUUGCACACUACUCCUUAUUCACAAGGAAAUGGAAGCUGUUUGGAAACAUCACUCAGGAGCAGAACAUGACGGUGACGGGAGGGCUGGCUUGGUGGAAGGACUUUGUGGUGGUGGCAUGUUACAAUUUUACAGAUCAGCAAGAGCAGUUGAGGCUAUAUCAGCGCUCCUCCAACCUGGACAAUGCCUUUGCGUCUGUCACUAAGCUGCACUCAGUCACUCUGCUGCUCAACGUCUUCAGAGACAUGGUCAUCCUGUUCAGAGCCGACUGCUCCAUCUGCCUCUAUAGCAUAGAGAGGAGGAAUGACAGUCCACACCCGACAGCCAGCGUGGAGUUGUUGCAGGAGGUGUCAAUGUCUCGUUACAUCCCUCACCCUGCCCUUGUGGUGUCCGUCACGCUCACCUCUGUGCGCACAGAGACUGGCAUCACAUUGAAAGCCCCGCAGCAGGCCUGCAUGGCAGAGAGCAUCAUGUUGAAUCUGGCUGGCCAAUUGAUCAUGCUGCAGAGGGACCGUUCUGGACCGCAGGUACGAGAGAAAGAGACGCCUGCCAACAACAAGAAGCUGCUACCAUUUUGUCCUCCGGUGGUGCUGGCCCAGUGUGUGGAGAACGUGUGGACCACCUGUCGCUCCAACAGAAAGAAACGACACCUGCUGGAGGCCUUGUGGUUGUCCUGCGGUGAGGCAGGCAUGAAAGUCUGGCUGCCGCUGUUUCCCCGAGACCAUCGCAAGCCCCACUCCUUCCUCUCCAGACGCAUCAUGCUGCCCUUCCACAUCAACAUCUACCCUCUGGCCGUGCUGUUCGAGGAUGCCCUGGUACUGGGGGCAACCAAUGAGACUGUGCUCUAUGACGGGCUGCAGGGAUCCUCUGAGCCACUGGAGGCGCUGUUUCCCUUCUGCACAGUCGAGAGGACUUCCCAGAUCUACCUCCAUCACAUCCUGAGGCAGCUGCUAGUUCGCAACCUGGGUGAACAGGCUUUGAUGCUGGCUCAGUCAUGUGCCUCCCUCCCCUACUUUCCCCACGUCAUGGAGCUGAUGGUGCACGUCGUGCUGGAAGAAGAGGCAACAUCGCGGGAGCCCAUCCCCGACCCUCUACUGCCCACCGUGGCCAAAUUCAUCACCGAGUUCCCCUUAUUCCUUCAGACCAUCGUCCACUGUGCCAGGAAGACAGAGUACGCCCUGUGGAACUACCUGUUUGCCGCUGUGGGAAACCCCAAAGAUCUGUUUGAGGAGUGUCUCAUGGCUCAGGACCUGGACACAGCAGCCUCCUACCUGAUUAUACUGCAGAAUAUGGAGGUUCCAGCAGUGAGCAGACAACACGCCACUCUACUUUUCAACACGGCGCUUGAGCAGGGCAAGUGGGACCUCUGCCGGCACAUGAUCCGAUUCCUGAAAGCCAUUGGCUCUGGGGAAAUGGAAACUCCGCCCCCGACACCCACCACUCAGGAACCCAGCUCAACUGGUGGUUUUGAGUUCUUUAGAAAUCGAAGCAUCAGUUUGUCACAGUCUGCAGAUGCCAUCACUACGGGCAAGUUCAACCUGCAGAAGACCUUCAGUAUGCCAUCUGGACCUUCUGCUAAAGGUCGGGAUGCAGAGUGCGCAGAGAACAUGUAUAUUGACAUGAUGCUCUGGCGUCAUGCCCGCCACCUCCUGGAGCAGGUGCGCCUCCGCGACCUGGGUUGCUUCUCUGCACAGCUGGGCUUCGAACUCAUCGGCUGGUUGUGUCGUGAAAGAAACCGUGUGGCCCGUGUUGAUGACUUUGUUUCCGCAUUGAAGAAACUCCACAAGGACUUUCUGUGGCCCUUCCCUGUUAUUCCUGUGGGGAGCAUCAGCUCGCCACUGAAAAACGGACGGUGUCGCACAGUGUUGAGCACACGGCUUUUAAAGUCGCAGUCAGCUGACAGCCUAUUGAACAGCGACAUGGACACGGCGCCCCCUCAGGCAGCUCCUACCAAUCACACCUGGCUGGACGGGCUUGGGCAGAGACCCAAAGACAUGGACGCGGCCUCGUCUGCUCACUCCAACCAACACUCACCACAGACUCAUGACGCGUUCCUGUCCCUGCUCACCAACAAAGUGGAGGAGUACAGCGUUGGCUCGGCCACAGACUUGACAGAGACCAGCUCGGUGGUGGAUGGUGAUUGGACAAUGGUCGAUGAGAACUCCUCCACUCUGAGCCUGAGCCAGGCCGAGUUGGAGCACAUCUCCAUGGAGCUGGCCAACAAAGGGCCGCACAAGUCACAGGUGCAGCUCAGGUAUCUCCUUCAUGUGUUCAUGGAGGCGGGUUGUCUUGAGUGGUGCGUAGUUAUUGGUUUGAUCCUUCGAGACACCAGCGUUAUAAAGCAGGUGAUCGGCUUCCUGGACAGUCCCGAGGUUCCCCAAGAAACUGUGCAGAGUGUUCGAAACGGCUUACUAGCUGUCGACACAUGGGUCUCCACUGACUGCCUGGGAUACAAACCAUUUCUUAACCUGAUCCAGCCGCAGCUACAGGAGCUGAUGGAUUCAGCAGCUGAGCAGGUGCAGCCCGAAGCCUUCCAGCCCACCAGCCAGAGCUCUAAGCUCGGUGGCUCCGAAGGGCUUGGAGGUGCCGCAGUCCCACGGGCAGAGGACAGUAGAGGAGUAGCGGCUCCGCUGGGCCUGGCCCUGCCCUCUAUCGAACCUGCGGGAGGUUUUCCCCGUCCCCCCUCUGAGGACUGUCCUCCUGAACAGACAGAGGAGCAGGGCGAUGAGGAGGGAGCCUACGACUGCACGUUAUCCUGAAGCCUGCAGCCUCCUCUGGACUCUGACCUGUGAACUCGAGGCAAAAGGAGGAGGGAGCAGCAGUAGCGGCUGACUGGAAAUUUAUUUUUGUGUGUGCCUGGUAGUGUGCGUGUGAGUGUAUGUGCACAGAAAGUACCUCUCCUGCAGGUUCUUACUUCAGUCAGUAUUAUCCACUCUUUAGAUUGACCCUUUGUGUCCAUUAGAACCCCUGUGGAUACCGAGCUAAUAACAGAGCGACAUACGGCCCAGCUGGCACAAAGACACAGCAGCACAACCAGAGACAGGGUUCAGGCCUCACGUGCUGUUAGACAAAAGGCCACCAAUGUCAGUUUGAGUGUUUCUACAUCAGGUUGUGGUGUUUGGAAGCUGUAGACCAGCACAGGAAAGCACCAGGCUUUUUUUUUUAUUAUUCCAAGACAGAUGUUUUGUGUGCGUAACUUUUCUUUGGCACUCAUUCAAGUGCAACUGGAAACUUUGACUUUUUUUUCACUGUCCAGACAAAAAGCUUCAUUGUUUCCUUUAGUUUUAUGCAAGAAUCGUUCAAAGACAAAACCUGAGUGUAUUUGCAUCAUGCUACAUUGCUAAGCAAAAUGUAGAACAAAGCUCUCGUCAUGAACCAUUUACAGGAUGCACUGACGUGUGUCUGAGCCUACAGUAAAGCGUGCAGUUCUGUUUGUGUGCACAAGAGGUGUUUCAUACUUUCAUACCUCAUAUGAUUUGAAGAUAUUUUGUGAUACCUUUUUUCAAUAAUGUAACAGUGUACAAGAUAACAUUAUUUUUCUAUCAAUUACACCUUGUCCCUCCCUGUAAAAAGAAAACAACUCAUGGUAUGAAUUCUAUGUAAUUCUUGAGAAGUGACGACCUUAAGAUUUCUAAGAAAGUGAUCUCCGAGAAGAAUCCACUGUUGUGAGUGCAGACUAGCUUUUUUUUUUUUUUUUACCACUGAUCAGUACCUCUGUUCGUGUUUAUUUUUAUUUUUAUUUUUCUAAGCACCAUCGCCCAGACUUUGCUGAAGUCCAGGCCCAAAAGUGUCUGAGCCAGAAUCAGCCCGUCUGAUCGAGUGGUCCAGAUUUGAGACGAAAAGCAGAUCAGUGUUGCCGACGUGAGCAGAUUUAUGGCCGUAGUGCGCCGUGUACACCAAAUCAUUUGAUGCUUUAUCCAGUUUUUUAUCACAAGUUUGCUUUUCAAUCUCCAUCUGGGAGAUUCAAAAUGUGUUUCCUAUCAUCAGUAAGACAGAUUGUUACUAUUGUUUUGUUAAACCCAUCGUACUCUGUAGAUUUUGUACCUAUCCCUUAUUCAAAGAGCAUCAUUUGAGUUCGUUGUGUAGUGUUAACGAUGACCAUCAUUUUUAAAGAGAGGAUGAGGUUGAUUUUGUCGUUGCAGCGGCUGUGUUUGUGUAGUUUGACGCUCAUUCUCUGAUAAGGAUUUAAAAUUUCAUCCAAUAUGCAUAUCACAUCCCUGAACCACUUGAGAUAAAUAGAUUACAGAUUAGUGUGCUUCUGUGUGGAUUUCUGAGUGCGUGUACCACAUCGUAUUGAGAACAUGUUGACAUGUUUGGUGACUUGUCGUCGCAUGCAAAUUGAUUUUAUCGUAUUAUGCUCAUCAUUACUAUUAUUUAUUGGCAUUAUAGCUGAGUGGUAAUUACUAUAUUGAUGCUCGGUUGGUUUAUAUGACUGAUAACAAACAAACUGUUCCAACUUUAGUUAAAGGUCUAGUGUGUUGGAUUUUGGGGGAUGUAUUGGCAUAAAUGGAAAAUAGUAUUCGUAAGUAUGUUUUCUUAAGUGUAUAAUCACCUGAAAGUAAGAACAGUUGUGUUUUUGUUACCUUAGAAUGAGCCGUUUGUAUAUACAGAGCAGGUCUUCUUCCUUGGAUGCAUAAGGAGAACUGGAUACAGCUUUGGAGAUGGGUUUCCCCCCUUAUUCCUGUGAAAGUUGCUCAGUGGUGCAUGAAGCCAAAAUUGUUCAGCUCCCGCAUAUAAAACUACCUGGAUGACAAGCACUGCUUCCGCACUAUGCGUCUCACAGAGCAGGCACACUAGAGACUUCUGCCAGCUGAGUCGGCUACUUCCGGUCACGCGCUCUGUUGACUUGAAUGGGAAUAACAAGAUUUAAUCAUGUGGCUCUUCGAGACUUUCCAAAUGUUGUCAGACCAUGUAGCUGAAAUCCUGAGAGUUAAAUAAGGCAUUUUGUGGAGGUUGUAAUGCUCAAAAAAUGUAUCAACUGAUUUACAGAUGCCUCUUUAGCCAUGCAAGUUAAUGGGAAAAUGUGACUACGACUACGAAACUUCAAAGCCGGGUGCACUUCCUGGGGGCCUGGCUUGAAGCCAAAAUCGCUCAAUUUCCACAGUAUGAAAUUACUCGAAUCUUUGCAAUGUGGCCACCUUAGUUCUCCUACAUACUUAACACAUGCGAAAAAUCUCAGUUGGUUGCAAUGUUGUAAUCUCACCACUAAAUGGCGUUAAAUCCUACACACUGGACCUUUAAUCAAAGUUGUGUAUUGGCCCUCUACCACAAGCUCUAAAAGGUUCAUCACAGAUAUGUCAGUAUUAUAUUGUGCAAUGUAUUAAAAUGUUACUCAGCUUUAUUUUUUGAUGUUCAUUACUUCUUUUCCCCAGCUGUUUGCUUUCCUUUUUCACAAUAGACCAAAUCAUAUUUUAUAGAUCAAUUCUUGCCCUCUUGUCGAUUUGUUCAAGACAAGUCGGUUGAGGUGUCUGCUGAAAUUUCGUUUCUUCAGUGGUCACCUGCAUUGUUAGAACACUCACUUUUAACGAAAGGGCAAAAUGAUGUACUGUUGUCACUCUGCAUAAAUCCCAUUUUUAGUGGGCCCACCUCCACUCUGAACAAGCCUACAGCCACACUUCGCUGCUCCGCUGUAAGCUUUACUUGACUUGAAAACGGUAACAUGAUGAACCAAAGACUUAACGUCCAGAGGCCUUCUGUUUUAACUGGUUGCUUCGAUUGAGCGCUUGAUUCAUUAUGCAGUGGGGGGAAUAAAAUCACAUACACCCUUACGCUAAUCCCUCUCAUCAGAAACAUAACCAUUGAUGCUCAAACUAAUGCUGACGGCAUACAAGACAAUUUCCUACGGAAAUGAAUAUUGCAGAUCUUUUCUGGUUUCUGUCUCUACGGGCGAGGAGCAGUCGGGCAGGUGUGUCUCGUGGUACUCGGGUGUCAUGUUCACUCAGAGGUGAACAGCACUCCCUCCCUCCUGUGUACAGUUUAAAAGUUUCACCUGCUUCCUGACUCAGAAUAUUAUUUCUGGGCGGUGGCAGCAAACAUCCUCAAUGCAGUGUAAAGAUACUCUCUUGUACAUUUGCCUUUUCUACUCAUGUUUGGUUUUCUACUUCAUUUUUUCCCUUGUACAUAAAGACCAAUAAAUUAUUUUUAAAAAUGA